UAUCCUAGAGUUGAGCAAAAAAUUCAAGACUAUCUCGAAUUUGUCCAAUAUUGAACUAUCAAUUGACAAGAAGGUAAAAUAAUUACCAACUUAAUUCAUCCAAGAUGAAUUCUCGUCAACUAGAGACCAAAACCAUCAAACAAGAAGUUUUAUUUCCAAUUUGUCUGUCACAUAUUAAAUUCUAUGUUUUCACUGAUUAACCAUUUCAUCUAAGCGUCAAAAACCACCAAUUUCGGCCUUAUCUUCAUCCAAAAUUUAUCAUGAAUCAGCGUCCAUUUAUUUCUACUCAACUUAACAUUUUCGACGAAAACAGAUGCGUUUUUUGUGAGUUCAGUUCGAUAAUCAUGAAGGAUUUAAGGUGAAAAAAAUGCUUAAUGAAGAAACAUUGCAGCUCCAAGUAUGAUAGCAGGCCAGCCAGUUAUGAUAUCCCAAGAACAGAACAGAAAGGUCUGCGAUAGUAUGACAACAGCUAUAGCUUCAAACCAGCUCUGCAACAAUUCUUGUUUUUACGGUAAUCAACCUCCUGCUUGCUAUACCAAUCAACCCCAAAUUUGGUCAUGUCCACUUCAGGCUCAGAAACAAGGUGUCCCUGGAGGUGUGGUCUUCAAUUUUUCCCAGCCAAACUAUUGUUGUCCCCAAACGUGGUAAUUCUCAAGUGUAGUUUUGCAUACAUUGAAAGUUUUAACUGUAAGUUAUUUCAGUCUUCCAACGGCAUAUAAUCCUCCACCACCACCAUGUCCACAAAUUAUAGAUUGCUGUCACAAAACUCCACAAUCGAUUUGCGUGGAUUUUGGAAAAUAUGGGAUGGAAGCUAUGGCAUUUCAACAGAAAUGUAGACAGCAAUGUCAAGGUUUCACUUAUGACAAGCAAGUGGGGACUGGCGAUAAAAUCAUAUUUCCUAAAUGCAAUACUUGUUGUUGCGGUGUCCAGUCUGUAAGUUUGUGCGCAGAUCAAAAGGAGCAGCUAUUCCAUAGAAUAGACGAAUGUGACACGAGAUCAAAACUGAAAAUAUGUACUUGUGAUCCAGUGGAGACUAGAAGAUGUACCUGCUUUCCUAAACCAAAUCCAAAUAAAUACGGAAGUGCAAAAAACCUGGUGAUUGGUGAACGUAAAGAGAGAUGCUGCAGAGAUUAUGACAUAGUUGAUCAAGCAACAAGAGAAGCAGACGCUGAAGCCUACUUGUGUUGUGACUGCUUGGAUAUGUGGAAAAAGAAGAAUGAAAAACGGAGGCCUUCAUGUCUAAAAAAGAAAUGUGAAUGCUGCGAUGAGAAACGGAAUGCCUCGGAUGAAUUGUCGUUCUCUUUUUGUGGAAAAACUCUGGAAAUAACCGAAGAGAAAACUACGACACUCAAAUCACUCAAACAACCAACCAAGCAGUUAGAAAUCGAAGAUAUUUCCUCGACAAUAGGACCACCUUCAUCUCAGAACGAUAAUGCCGAUGUCGUGAAAUAUAUCAAUGAAAUGAAGAUGAAAAGAAAAGGUAUAGUCAAAAUGGCACAAAGUUUCAGGACAACCGCAAAAGAUUACAUAAAACAACUGGAUAGGGAUAUAGAUCAUUUUAGAGAAUUGUAUAAAGUUGCAAAUGUUGCAAAACUUGGUAAAGAAAACUACAUAGACACUUAUAAUUUGAGUUAUUUGUUCGAUAAUUCCGAAUUUGAAAAAAAGGAAGAACUGACUCAUGGUAAAUACACUUCUAAAACGACCCCAAAAACAAAUGUUCCUUCCUACCACAAAAAGAAAAAUGAGUCUAGACGACAAAUAAAUGACGAAGAGAAAAUCAUUAAAGUCAUACCUCCAGUUUCGGAGGAAAAUAGUCUGAAGCGAACAAAUGAAGCAAAAUCAACAACUAUUGAAUCUGGAGUCAAGUCUCCAGAUAUUAAAAAAAUAAAUGACAAUACCAUUAAUGACAAAGGUGCAUUAAACACUGACCAACGUUCAGAUAAAAUUGAUCCUUCUGUCAAGAAUAAUGACAUCCAGUAUAUCGCAGUCAUAAAUAAAAAGGAAGAAAUCAAUACUCAGGAAGUUUCACAACCUAUCUCGAAGGUUAUACCAGAUGAAGAACCUGCACAAACUACUCAUCUUUCUGAAUCUGAUAUACCUGUAAUGAAAUCGAUAACUGAGACCAAAGAAUUAGUUGAAAAUAUGGAGUUAGAAGCAAAAGUAAAUUCCACAAGUGUUAAUAUCGAUAACAAGAUCAAUUCUGAUAAAUUAAACAUUCAGGAAGAUGCAGGUGCUGAUGAAAAAGUUGUGGUAAAACCUGAAGAAUUAGCGAAAAAGAAUUUUGAGAUCGGAGAAAAAACAUCGAAAUCAGUUGAACAAAAUUGCACUCAAAUUUGCUAUCAAGAGAAAAAAGACGACAAGUCAGAAGGAAUUCGCGAAUACAAUGACACAGCUACUGAAUCAGUUAAUCAGCUAAAUAAAUCUUCAAAUGAUGAAAUGACUCAAGCGGGACAAAAGUCGAACAAAGUCCAAACAUCGCCUGAACUUGAUUCUGAGAGCAAAUUUAUCCAGACAAACAUCAAACCACAACACCUGAAAAUGCAAGAGAAGGAAUAGAGGAGACAGAUAAAACUGACAAACAAUCAACUUCAGUACCACAAGCACCAGAUGUUACUUUUGAGGAAAAGACGUUAGAAAAAGUAUGCCCAGGAAAGAACUACUGCUUGUCAAUAAAUAAAUAUUCAGCCGACAGAGAAGAAAUUACAGAAACCAAAGCUAUCCAAGCAAAAAUACUCUGCAACUGUUGUGACUGCAAGGUUGGAAAUGAUCAUGUACAAGAAACUUGCUGUCGUGGUGGUGGACCCUUGAUUGCAGUUGGGCAGCUUCUCUCAAAUAUAUGCUCAAGUGCCUUAGAAACAACUGGUAGAUUCAUCAGCUAUUUCAUCGGCAGAGAUCCUCCUUCAUCUAGACCUUUCUACGAAAAUCCUUGUGUUGUCAUGAAUAGGUGGGGAUGUGAUUCUGGUUGCUACGAUACACGCUUAAGAAGAUAUUAUUCGGAAGUGGAUAGGCCAAGGAAUGUCUGCCCGUGUAGAAUGAACACCAAUAGGUUUUGUGGGAAGACAUGCUAUGAUUGUAGAACAAAUGGUUGGUACUCUUGCUGUGACCCUUGUGUUGAUGAUGAGAAGGUGGUCCGAGUGACUUUUAAGGAUACAGCUGAGAAGAGGACGAUUCGCCUGGAGAAUAAUUGUAGAAAUAGUAGAUAUCAUGUUGUUUAUGAAUGAAAAUAUACUUAUGAAGCUGGCCUAAACUCA